AUGGCCACUGCCAACCCAAGGGCUCAGGGCAGGAGAGCUGCUGCUGCUGCGGAAGAUGAGGGCAUGGACCCAACGCAAUAUCAUGAAAAUAGGCUGAGAGCCCUUGCGGCGCAGAAGUCAGCUGGGGCUAAUCCAUAUCCUCACAAAUUCGAAGCUAAGUCGUCUAUACCUGAGUAUGUGAGGAGAUAUGAAGGCUUAAAUAGUGGUGAUCAUCUUGAAGAUGUCGAGGAAAAAAUUGCUGGUCGGCUGAUGAACAAACGAUCAUCGUCAUCGAAGUUAUUCUUUUAUGAUUUACAUGGUGGUGGUGCUAAAGUUCAAGUUAUGGCUGAUGCAAGGAAAUCUGAUUUGGAUGAAGAAGAGUUUUCUCGAUUUCAUAAUUCGGUUAAGCGUGGAGAUAUUGUUGGGAUAAUUGGUUUCCCAGGUAAAAGCAAAAGGGGAGAGCUGAGUAUUUUUCCCAAAACAUUUAUAGUGCUUUCUCAUUGUCUCCACAUGAUGCCCCGGCCAAAAAUUGGUCCGGGUUCAGAAAAUGCUAAGGUAGCUGAUAUUUGGGUCCCAGGAAGUGGUAGAAAUCCCGAGGCUUAUGUAUUGAAGGAUCAGGAAACACGGUAUAGGCAGCGGUAUUUGGAUUUAAUGCUGAACAUGGAGGUUCGUGAAAUAUUCAAAACCAGGGCCAAAAUAAUUUCUUUCAUCAGACGAUACCUCGAUGAACGAGACUUUCUUGAGGUUGAAACUCCAAUGAUGAACAUGAUUGCCGGGGGAGCUGCUGCCCGUCCAUUUGUGACCCACCACAAUGAACUCAAUAUGAGACUUUUCAUGCGCAUUGCACCCGAACUUUAUCUGAAGGAACUUGUCGUUGGUGGCUUAGACCGUGUGUAUGAAAUCGGGAAGCAGUUUAGGAAUGAAGGGAUUGACUUGACGCAUAAUCCUGAGUUCACCACUUGUGAGUUUUACAUGGCUUUUGCUGAUUACCAUGACCUGAUGAAGCUAACUGAAGAUAUGCUCAGUGGAAUGGUCAAGGAACUUACGGGCGGUUAUAUAAUAAAAUAUCAUGCCAAUGGAUAUGACAAUGAACCCAUCGAGAUCGACUUCACUCCUCCUUUCAGGCGGAUUGAUAUGAUAGAUGAGUUGGAGAGGGUCGCUAACUUGAACAUACCCAAGGACAUAUCAAAUGAUGAAGCCAAUAAAUAUCUGGUGGAUGCGUGUGCAAGGUUUGAAGUCAAAUGCCCCCCUCCACAAACAACUGCUAGACUGUUGGAUAAACUUGUUGGUCACUUCCUUGAGGAGACUUGUGUGAACCCUACAUUCAUUAUCAACCAUCCGGAGAUCAUGAGUCCACUGGCAAAGUGGCAUAGGUCGAAACCAGGCUUGACUGAACGUUUUGAGUUGUUCAUCAACAAGCAUGAACUUUGCAACGCGUACACGGAGUUGAACGAUCCUGUUGUGCAACGCCAGCGUUUUUCUGACCAGCUCAAGGACCGACAAUCGGGUGAUGAUGAAGCUAUGGCCUUAGACGAAACAUUCUGUACUGCUCUUGAAUAUGGGUUGCCUCCAACUGGAGGAUGGGGAUUAGGUAUCGAUCGAUUUGCGAUGUUGCUGACCGAUUCACAGAACAUAAAGGAAGUUCUGCUCUUCCCAGCUAUGAAACCCCAAGAUGAGCCUUCGAGCAAAGAGGGCAACAAGAAAACUCAAGAUGAAGCUCCUCCAUCUAAAGAGCUUGAGAAGAAGCUGUCGUUGUCGUAA